UUUGCAGCUUUACUUCAUCUAAUAUAUCUAUAGUACAAGCAUAAAUGACGAAAUCCUAUUUUCGAACAUAACCUUUGUGCUAUAAUCAUUUGUCAAUUCCAUAACCCAUUAUUCUGUGAAACCCAAGCACACAUCAAACUGCAAUUUUGAAUCUGAAGCUCAGCGAAUAGCUAGAGGACACGAAGUUCAAAUAUUUGAGUACUUAGGAAGAUAGCUCUCUCCCAUCAAGAUGGAGGAAAAACGGCUCCCUCUGAUAAAUGAAACAGACAUCGUAAAUAUAGAAGACAUAACGGAAGAAAUGAAAUGCCUCUUGGCGUCUGAAAAUAUCACUCGAUCAUUCAAAGAAGAUCAAGGAUUCUGCAAUGCUACUUGGGAUGGACUGUCUUGCUGGCCUCCGGUCAGCGCUGGUUCGAUUGCCUCGAUUCCUUGUUUCUACGAAUUUAAUGGUGUCCUUUAUGACACGCUAGAAAAUGCCACGCGGUCUUGCGAAGCGAAUAGUUCCUGGGCAGAGAGGUCGGACUACUCCAGAUGCAAACCCCUAGAGGAAGAGGAGCCUCACAUAAAGGUACUCUGGGACAUUAAAGAGGCCGGCACUAUUUACUACGUUGGUUAUGGCAUGUCUCUGUUGGCGCUAACAGCUGCCCUCUCCAUUUUUCUGCACUUUAAGAAUCUCCGAUGCUUGAGAAACAACAUCCACACCAAUUUACUCGCCACUUACUUCUUUCUGGACCUCACUUGGAUCAUCACGGCUACUCUACAGUCAUGGCCGACCGUAGAAGGCUCGAAGCUGACUUGCGUCUUGGUGAUAUUCCUCACUUAUUUGAUGGUCACCAACUUCUUCUGGAUGUUCGUGGAAGGGCUCUACCUGUACAUUCUGGCCGUGAAAACCUUUUCGAUUGAAGUCGUUCGAAUACAAGUGUAUGCCCUCAUAGGAUGGGGAAUUCCAGCAGUGAUUGUCAUAUCGUGGGCUUCAGUGAAAGCCUAUUUAUCUCCGCUUUCAAAAGAUCCGUUGGUGGAUGACUGUGUUUGGCAAACUAAAGAUGUAACUGAUUAUAUAUUCAUAUGCCCGAUUAUUAUAGUCUUAGUGAUAAAUAUCUUCUUCAUGUGCAAGAUUAUGUGGGUCUUAAUAACCAAGCUUCGCAUUGCGACAUCAGCGGAAUCGAAACAAUACAGGAAAGCCGCGAAGGCUCUCUUAGUAUUGAUUCCUUUGCUGGGCACUACAUACAUGUUGGUCAUUGUGACCCCUAGUCAUAGAACUGCACGAGUUAUCUUCUCAUAUCUGCAAGCUGUGCUGCUGUCAACGCAAGUGAGUAGCUGUUUUGACCAAUCCUUCCAAAGUCAUGCGUAA